GAGGAAUCAGAGUCCGGUCAAGUGCAUUAGGCCCAGUGUUCUUGGUCCUCUUAAAAGAAAAGGUGAAAUGGAGACAGAAAGCCAGCCCAAGAGACUCUUCCAAGGCACCACCAACAUGCUUCCUCCAGAUGCUGCACAACUCUCUGAUCUCAGUUCAUGGUGGUGUUAUCAAGGAGAAGAAAUUCCUGCCUUGACCAGAUGUGUGGAGCAUCUACAAAUGAACGAAUAAUGUUAUUGACACACACACCACUGUGUACAAAAGUGAGCAUCCAUGAAGCUGUCAGUGUCUCGGAUGGUAUUAUGGGGGCUUAUGUGCUUUGGGGUACAUUGUUGUGCCAUAAGGGAUGUCUAUCAUAAGGUAGCGUGGAAAAGGAGGCUUUGUAUGUGUGAUUGCCACAAUACUAUUUGGUUGCUGCCUUUUUUCUGGUUACUUUUUGUCAUUGGGUUUGCUUGUUUUGUUGUGUGGUGAUUGGUGUUUUUGUUUAUUGUGCUGCUGCCAUAGUCAGAAUCCAGUUCUUGUUCUUGCUGCUUGUAGAGGGCAGUUUAAUAUCUACAAGAACCUUUUAGGAGCUGAAAAAGUUAAUGUUAUUGCACAUUCUACUUUUAAAAACUUUGAGUUAUAGUGUACAUGCUAGCAAGUGUGUGAUACCAUAUGUUCUUUCAUUUUCACAAGAGGAAACUCCUGACUGAGCUAUUUAAGUCAUCUGAGUAUAAUCUAUUGUUACGUUAUUUAUUAUUUAUUAUGCUGUAUAAAGUGUCUGUUGUGAUAGAUUUCUUUUAUUGUUCAGACAUCAUGGAUGGAUUGUCUGUUUAAUAUGCACAUAUGCUCACUAGGAUCAUAAUAUUCCAUUUUUAAAUGAAUGUAAGAAAUAGAAAACUACUGCACUUGGGUCUUUUGAAGGCAAAGAUCUUUGAAUUUUAAAGGAAGAUGAUGUGCUUUGAAGGCAUUCACGGACUAGUAAUUAUGUACAGCUUGAAGGGAAACCUCUCUUCCAGUUUUAGAGAACAUCACUUAGCUUGCAGUAGUUCUGUUACAGAGUCAGGAUGUUCUUUUCUUUAAAUUGUAAUCACCACCAUAAUAGCCAUGAGUGGCUUUAGUUCUCAUGUUGCUUUCACCUGUGUAAAGCCCAUAAUCCUUCAGACCUAACUCAAAAGUAUGUUAUGAAGCUUUUCCCUCAUGUGCCAUUUUAAAGAAUUUCUUUGAUGCUAUUCCGUGCGUCUAUUUGUAAAAGAAUCAUGUUCAGAUGGUUUUGCCCUGUAAUGAUGACAGAUGGUUUACUCUUUCAUGACAUUGGUCAACCUUUACUAUAUUCUUUGCCUUGAAGGGACACUUUUGAGUUCUAAUUUAGGACUGUUAAGAAAUAACCUCUGAAACGUGAUGAUAUUUAAAUUUGUUUUUGAAAUUUGGUGAUGUGGUAGAACUGGGACAGGAAACUGAAAUAGUUCCAAUGGCAUGAGUUCUGAGAGGCAAGGUGAUUAACUGUAUUGUCUAAACUAUGGUUUUCUUUCAUUUAAAUGGACUAGCCAGUUAAGUUCGUGCAGGGAUUGUUUUGAAAUAAAUAAAAAUAGAGAUAUACUAACCCACAGAUGAACCU